CGCGGGGCGCUCCGGGCGGUGCGGGCCGGGCCGGGGCCGCCCCGCCAUGUCCGUCAACAUGGAGGAGCUGCGGCACCAGGUGAUGAUCAACCAGUUCGUGCUGGCGGCGGGCUGCGCCGCCGACCAGGCCAAGCAGCUGCUGCAGGCGGCACACUGGCAGUUCGAGACAGCCCUCAGCGCCUUCUUCCAGGAGACCAACAUUCCCAGCAGCCACCACCCCCCCCAGAUGAUGUGCACCCCCAGCAACACGCCGGCCACGCCGCCCAACUUCCCGGACGCGCUGGCCAUGUUCUCCAAGCUGCGCACCUCGGAGAGCCUGCAGAGCAGCAACAGCCCCAUCACCUCCAUGGCCUGCUCCCCCCCGGGCAGCUUCAGCCCCUUCUGGGCCUCCUCUCCCCCCAGCCACCAGCCCUCGUGGCUGCCCCCGUCGUCGCCCACGGCCCACGGCCUGCACCACCACCUGCACCACGGGCAGCCCUCCUGGCCGCCCACCCCCCCGGCCCCCGCCCCCCCACAGAAAGCCGUGGCCACCAUGGAUGGGCAGAGAUAAGGCUGGGGCUGCCCAAGGGCUGGGAGGGCAGGGGGGGCCGGGCCGGGGCGUUGGGGGGCAGGGGCUGGCCGAGAAACGCACUGGAAUCGUUUUCUAGGUUUUAUUAUUAUUUUUAGAGGGGGGGGGAGCACAUGCUGCCAGGGAGGGCGCUGAGCUGGGAGAGCCUCUGGCUGCUCUCUACUCCCCUCCCCUUUUUUUAAAAAAAAAAAUAUAUAACUAUAAUAUAUAAAUAUAUCUAAUGUAUAUAGAUCAGAGAGAAGGAGCAGCAGUGUGGAGGCAGCUCUGUUGGGUGUCUGGGGGUUUUUCCCUGUGGCUCUGUCCCCACCCAGCAUCUCUACAUCAGGACAGAAAUAACAAAAAUAAAUGGAUGGAGGUGGCUGUUGGCCCCCCAGAUCA